AUGGCUCCUUCGACCGUAGUUCUCAUCACUGGCGCCGGCAGAGGCAUUGGGAAGGCACUAACAGCCGCCUAUCUCUCGUAUCCGGAUCAUGUUGUCAUAGCGACCGUUCGCGACCCUAAGGCUCCGAAAGCUCAGGAACUCAAGGGCUUAUCCGUGGGAAGCGGCUCGCGCUUACUGGUCGUCGGCAUCGAGAACACAAACCCUGAGGACCCGAAGCAGGCCGUCGAGACCAUUGAGGCUGCUGGAGUCGAUCAUAUCGAUGUUGUCAUCGCCAAUUCUGGCAUCUCCAUUGGCGCCGCUCCUCUCGAAUUGGCCGACCCCAAAGCCUUCACCGAGAGCUUCAACGUCAAUGUCUUGUCAGGCGUUGUGCUGUACCAGGCAGUGAGCAAACUGCUCACAAAUUCAAGCGCCCCAAAGUGGAUCUCCGUCUCAAGUCGCGGCGGUUCCACCUCUGCUCCACUGCCUUGGUACCCGUACGCGGCUGCGUACUGUAUGUCGAAGGCUGCACAAAACUGGUUCACACAAACCCUCCAUGUUGCAAACGCAUCUCUUACUGCUUUUGCAAUCCACCCGGGAUUCGUUCUGACAGAUAUGGGAAUUGCGGCUGCUACUGGCGCUGGCAUCGCAUUGCCCGAGACUUCGGGCGAUGAGAGUGCCGGCAAGAUCAUCGAGGUGAUCAAAUCGGCAACGCGGGAGAAUACUUCGGGCAAAUUCCUCGACGUCGACACCCGUGAAGAGAUCCCCUGGUGA